AUGCCAAAAACGGCCCAAGCACGCACAAAAGCUUUGCAAACAGUUGGCUUUCGUUCUCAAUCCAUAUUAAUUGAUGGUCGUGGCCAUUUAAUUGGUCGUUUGGCAGCAACAAUAGCUAAAACAAUUCUACAAGGUCACAAUGUUGUCGUUGUACGAUGUGAAGGUCUUAAUAUAAGUGGAUCAUUUUAUCGUAAUAAACUUAAAUAUUUGGAAUUUCUUCGUAAACGUUGUAACAUCAAUCCAUCACGUGGUCCAUUUCAUUUCCGUGCACCAUCAAAAAUCUUUACACGUAUUGUACGUGGUAUGGUACCACAUAAAACUGAACGUGGUAAAGCAGCAUUACAUCGUUUACGUGCAUUUGAAGGCAUUCCAACACCAUAUGAUAAAAAGAAACGUAUGAUUGUUCCAAGUGCUUUACGUACAUUACGAUUAAAACCACGUCGUCGUUUUACUGAACUCGGUCGUUUAUCAACUGAAGUUGGCUGGCAAUAUCAAACCGUUGUUGCCACAUUAGAAAAGAAACGAAAAAUUAAGGCAAAACAUUAUUAUUUACGAGAACGUGAAUUAAAGAAACUUAAAACAAGUGCCAAACAAAAAUUAGCUUCAAAACCACAAGUUGCUAAACAUCUUGCCGUACUUCAAAAAUAUGGUUAUCAGCUCUAA